CGUCCUUUGCCGCGAGAGGGCGUUUGCUGUGCUCCGAGUGUUAACCAUGUGUAUAUUUUCCGUGUCAAUACGCCGACGCGAUGCGUGCCUAGAAUAGCAACCGGCCUAUUCGUGUGUAAACGAAUCUUAUGGGUUAACGCUAAGGAGAUAAUGACUGUUCUAUUUGAAUUUAAAAUGGAUUACAAAGAGGUGCGGAAACGGACUGUAUUUUAAUGGAUUUUCUUUGAAUGGAAGUUGAAUAGAAGUGACAAAGAUGGAUGAUAGUUCGCCGGAUCUGUCGCUCAAGCUGCGACGGGGGUCAAGUGACUCAAGGGAGUCCUUCUAUAUGGACUUUGCUCAGGGGAUCGACUCGGAUAUUGAGGAAGUGACAACUAUUGAGAGGAUAAUUCCGGAACACCCGGGCGGUAGGACUGAAAGCGAUUCAGACACACUCGCUACUCCAUCUGGUCUUGAAGACAAGGAUUUAUCGCAAUGCUGCUUCUCAAUACCCGCGAACAACAUGUCUGGCGGCUCCCACGUCUCAAGAGGGACAUUUGGAGACUCGGAGAUGUCUGGAAGCAGUGCCCCGCCUCUUCCCAGUCCGGCGUCUGCAAGUGCCGCCCUGGUGUCUCCAGAGACCCUCAGCAGACAUAGCAGUCCACCACCUAUACCAGCUCAUCCUUCAUGCCAGCCAGCACCGUCGUGUUCUUCUCAUCAUGUUCAUAUAGAAUCGCCUUUAAGGUUGCCAAGUCCACCAUCUCUCGGUACUUCACUAUCGCUGCAGCCAGUGUUGUAUGGGCAAUCAGAUGGCGGGUCACCGCGACCGCCGCUGCCACCCGCCCGUCGACCCUCUCGCCCCGCUAACGCUAUACCUAGUAUGCAUAUAAUUAGCGCGAGUGAGGCCUUUGCUACGACGUUAUCUGCAUUGUAUGGGAAGUUACUGGUUGUGAUGGGCAUAGCUUUUCCAAUGGCUGAAGUCAUCUCUACAUACAUCCCACCAUCGUUUUAUGAGGGUUUCUACUUAUACCUGUACAUAGGUAGUAUGGUGUUCCUGUUAUAUAUGUACGCCGCGUUACUUCGAGACCGCUCCCGCAACGCACCUGACACCGUUGUGACCAAAUCCGACUCAAGCUCAUCACAAUCAGAAUCAGAUUCCUGUUCAUCAAGAACAGAGCGGAGUACCGCGACCGCAGCCCACGUCCCACCGCAGUACUUGGGCAAGCGACUCUCUUUAGGCUUCGCGCUCACAUCGAGAACACACCACUAUGGCAGCUUCUAUUUGAGAAUGGGUGCAGUUGCUUUUGGUAUCGGAUCUAUGAUCUACUCGGGAUUAGAGUUUGGCCAAUACUGGGAACUGGAGAGAAACACGAAUUGUCACAACGUUCUCCUCGCUCUCACUCCUGCUACUAGAAUGGCCUUCAUCUUCAUACAGAUGUAUUUCAUCUUUCUCAACAAUGAGAUGAAAGUAUACAAGCACAAAAUAGCGGCGCGAUUUGGUUUAAUGCAUAUGGUGGGAACAAAUUUAAGCGUAUGGCUGAAUGUCCUCGUGCAAGAGACGAAACACGAGAUACUAACGUUCUACGACCCCGAAAACAAGACUAUUGGCUUAUCACAUAGACUAGCGUUCCAGAAGGCAUUUGCGUCUCUAGCAACAGAAGUCCCCCCAUCGCACCCUGCGGCAGCCCACCUCCGUGUCCCUCGCGGACUCAAAGGCCCUCAUCACAUCUUCGAAUGUCGUCGGACGAACAUUAUGGGUUCCCUAGUCCAAGAUGCUUCACCAUUCCUCUUUCCAUGUACUAUCGAAUACUCCCUGAUCUGCGCCGCCAUUUUAUACGUCAUGUGGAAAAAUAUAUCCAAAUACCCAUCGAAAGACGUGGCCGAAGCGAUCGCCAAAGCCCGGAUUUUAGAAGGAUUAGCGUACAAAAAGUCUCCACAUUUGUACAGCGUGGACUGUGCGAGGGCGCACAAAGGUCUCUUCUUCGGAAUUUUUGUCUUAGUUUUAACCAUUAUAUCCCUCAUUCUGUUCUUUGUUCUGGUAUCAAAGAAGGAUUACGCAACACUAGCGGUGGUAGAAGUGAAUCUUUGCGAAUUGGGAUUGUAUGCGAUGACCACAAUAGCGAGUUUGGCGGGAAUGGUAUGCGUAAGAAAUCUCAAGUACGACGGCAAUCGAAAUCUCGAAUUGGACAAUAUACUCCUCGUCGGGGCACAAACAGGUAUGUUCAUUUACGGUACAUUCACGAUCAUCGGUGGUCAUUUCACCAUCGAGAAGAACACAAUUCUCAUAUUGGUGACGGCCCUAUCGUCGCUAGUGCAAACGACGUGCCAGACCAUGUUCAUCCUUGACGCGAGUCGGAGAUCGGCAAAAACACCCGAACAGUUGCGGAAAAAACCGGGAAGGGAGAUAGUCACGUUCCUAUUGGUGACGAAUCUUGCCAUGUGGGCCAUAAAUACCCUAGAGAAGUCGAGGGCGGAAUCUCACCCGGUGCAACUGCAUUUCUACGGUCUAUGGGCUUGGACGAUAAUAACGCACGUGUCUAUGCCCCUCGCGAUCUUCUACAGAUUCCACUCGACGGUUUGUCUAUGCGAGAUUUGGAAGCGAGCGUAUAAAAUGAAACCGGCCUACAUGUAGCACAUUGAAGAAAAUGGUCGCAUUGGUAAAAAGCGGAUACUUUAAAAGUACGACUCGCAUAGAUUAGUGCCAUAUUCAACUCUCUCUGUAUUAAAUUUUAGGUAAGUUUCACUUCAUGUCUCCGAGUGCACUUAUAUUUGUUCCGAAGUUAUCGCUAUGUUAAGUUGUGCGUAGAUGUAUAAUGUGUUAUUUAUUUGGUAGCUUUAUUAGACGCUUUAAUAGGAAUUCAUGUUGUUAGUCUCAGUUUGCAUUUAGAACGGGUUGGAUUUUAAUUUUAGCGUUUAGGAUUUUAUACAGGCUGCUUGAACGGUAAUUUCAAUUUUAAAAUAUCAUCAAUAUAUUAAGUCAAGAAUAUUAUUACUACCGGGGCUUUCUAAUAGAGGUCGCUUUUAAGCGGCCUUGUUUUGCCCGCCUAAAUAUUAAUAACGUAAAUAAAUAAUGGAUUGUCUUUGCAUUGCUGAUUAUUUAAAUUUAAUACGAAUAUUCUCAUAUAACUUUCAUACAUAGAAAGUAUAGUUUUCCUCUUUAUACGUGUAAGCAGCAAUAUUAUUAUAUUCUUAAGUAGUCUAAGCAGCCUGUUUAUUGUUAUAAUAUUAAGCGAUUAAACAUUUUCCUGUGUUCAUAUUUCAUGUUACACGUUAGAUCUAGAACAUUCCACGUCACUCAUAAUCCGCAUUUUUCACACUGAUUCAAAGGAAAUGUCUUCCAAUAGGUUAUAUUUUUAUAUAGGAACGUUGUCCACUGUAUUUUUGUGAUACAGAAUGCGCCAUUUGAUAUGUAAUAGAUGAAAACGUAGUUAACGGUUACUAUAAGGUUCAUCGAGUUGACGAAAACUGUCGCGUCUAAAGCAUAUUUAAUCAGUGAAAAUGGAACUUUGUUUUUUUUUAUACGUAUGCGUAGUUCGCA